AAAUGUCUAACAUCUGCUAACACGGGAUAAGAAAAUUAUGUAAUAUGCUGCGACGAAGUUACUUGGCAUAACGACGCGUUGUAGAUACAAACUUUCUGGAAUAUAUGCGUACGUAUUGGAAGACGACUCCCCUGUAGAAAUAAAAAAAACUUCCUUGAAAGGCGCGGCACACAUCAACGACCUCCAAGAAAGUCAGAAAGGGAAGCUUCAGCCGCCAGAAGACGUUGCACCUGAUAAAAAUCUACUUUCCUUCAAACCAUACUAAUAUAUAUUUAUGCAACAGCAACUCGAAGCAUUAAUUUCAUUCUGCGACGUACGUUCUUCCCAAUCGAUCUUAACUAGUACUGCAGCUCGGUGAUCACCAAAACUGCUUGAUCAUUUACUUUUUUUCUUGAGCGUUCAUUAAUGGCUGAUCAUCUGAAAGUUCAUCCCGUCCACGAUGUUGAGGCGCCCCACACAAGCCCGAGUAGGUCUCCGUUGGUGCCACCGGGGACGUCUAAAUCCGAUAAAGUCGCAGAGGUGCAGCACCAGCACCCAGCUCCAUUCCAACCGACCAUCCCCGUGACGCAAUCAAAACCACCUAAGAAGAGAAGUUGCCUCUGCAGAUGCCUGUGUUGGACAGUAUGCCUCCUAGUGCUCCUAAUAAUCAUCAUCGGUAUCAUUGUUGGGAUAUUCUUCCUGGUGUUCCGACCAAAGCUUCCCAAGUACUCGGUGGACAACAUACAAAUUACCCAAUUAAAUCUCAGCAGCGAUGACAGCUUAUACGCGACGUUCAACGCGACGAUCACUGCAAGGAAUCCAAAUAAGAAGAUUGGAAUAUAUUAUGUGGGUGGGAGCAACAUAGGCGUGUGGUACACAGACAAAAAACUAUGCCAAGGAGCACUGCCAAAAUUCUACCAGGGACACCGGAACACGACGGUGCUUAACGUGGCAAUGACAGGACAGACGCAGAACGCGACAGGCCUGCUAACUACACUCCAGCAGCAGCUGCAACAGACGGGAGGUGUUCCGCUUGCUCUUAGGGCUAAUCAGUCUGUGAGGAUAAAGCUUGGAAAAUUGAAGCUGUUUAAGAUGAAGUUCAGGGUCAAGUGCCGUCUGGUGGUGGAAAGCCUUACUCCUAAUAACGGAGUUUCUACUCGCAAUACUAGCUGUAAGUUCAGGUUUAGGCUGUAGAUCGAUUACAAUUAUUUCCAGUAUUUUAGUACGUACGUAUAUCUUAUAUAUAUUAUGCCAUAUAUGGCUAUAUUUUUUCACAUUUUUUAUUUUGAAUUCUGAAUUUUUUUUACUCAAUCGAGAUUUCUUCUCUGUUCCCUGUAAUAAGUAAUCGGAGGAUCGUAUAAUGUACGUAGCUAGCUCCUUAAUUCAUUCGGCCUCCAGUUUUUUUUUCCCUCUUUUUCUUGACAGAGAUCGGCCUCCAUAUAUAUUGAAAUUUUGAUACAGUAAUAUUUAUACAUCCUUCGCGUGUUUUGUAUUCA